GGGGCCCUGGGACCAUUCAUAAAGUAAACCAGGCGCAAAGAGAGAGAGAGAGAGAGAGAGAGAGAGACCUCCGGACAGACGAGGAGGCCGGGAAGCAGCGAGACAAGCGGGAGGGGGAAGGAAAGAAGGAAGCGGAAGGCAGGAAGAGACCUAAGAGGAGGAGGAGGGAGGGGGUGAGUGCCUGACUCCUAGGAAGCGGAAAACUGCAGGAAAGGAGGCGCACUCCUCCCUCAGCAACGCUCCGAAGCGAGCACACUUUCAGGACGAGGAGAGAUGCUGUUUUGUUUACCUAAGUUAGAAACAAAGGGAAGGAGAGAUCAAUGAGGAAGAGGAGAGAGAGAAGGCGAUCACAACGCCAAGGGUUGGAGUUGCCCAAGCCAGGCCUUUAAGAAAAAAGUGAGAAGGCGAGCCGGAUCGCCUGCUUGUCUCCACAUCUUGUCCUGAGCGAGGAGAAGGCUCUGAAGAGCUUCCAAGCCAGGAAGGAAAGCAAGAAAGACGAGAAGGGGAGCCGCAGCUUGUCUCCACAGCUUGUCCUGAGCGAGGAGAAGGCUCUGAAGAGCUUCCAAGCCAGGCGUCCAAAAAGAAAAGGCUUCAUCAGAGCGAGAAGGGGAGCCGCAUCGCCUGUUUGUCUUCUCAUCUUAUUCUGAGCGAGGAGAAGGCUCUAAAGAUCUUCUUUUGCCCCGGGACACAAAGUUCUUCUAAUGGGAAGAAGGGAAGCGAGGUUUCCCCACGCAGGACUGAACGACUGAGGAAGGAGGAAGGAGGAAAGGAGGUAACAGCCCAAAGGGUUGGUGUUGUCCAAAGCCAGGCCUCCAAGAAGGAAGGCAAGAAAGACUUCAUCCAUUUGUCUCCACAUCUCAUCCUUGAGCGAGGAGAAGGCUCUGAAGGUCUUCCCUCCUCGCAGGUUUCUUUUGCCGCGGGACACUAAGUUCUUCCAGGAGGAGAGCGAGGUUUCCUCAUGCAGGACUGAAGGUGAACCCAUGUGAGAGCCCAAUCCAAGCGAGAAGGAGCAGCAUCGCCUGUUUGUCUCCACAGCUUGUCCUGAGCGAGGAGAAGGAUCUGAAGAUCUUUCAAGCCUGGCCUCCAAACAGGAAAGACUUCAUCAGAGCGAGAAGGAGAGCCGCAUCGCCUGCUUGUCUCCUCAUCUUAUCCCGAGUGAGGCGAAGGCUCUGCAGGUCUUUCUUUAGCCUCGGGACAGGCAGUUCUUCCAGGGCGAAGGAGGAGAGCGAGGCUUCCCCAUGCGGGCCUGACCGUGAGCCCAUGUGAGCGUCCAGGGGAGCAGAAGAGCUCGCCUCCUCGCGCCUUGCCCUCGGCGGCGGGGUCUAGGGCUGCCGGGGGCGGGUCCCGGGGGUCCUGCGCCUCCCCACCUGCUCGGCCUUGGCGUUGGCGUCGGCCUUGGCCUUGGCGUCGGCCUUGGAUCCGUCGGCCUACUGCGAGAGCGCGGCCUUCAGCCCGGACGUGUGCCCCAACAUGAUCGCGGCGCAGGCCAAGCUGGUCUACCAGCUGAACAAGUACUACACGGAGCGGUGCCAGGCGCGCAAGGCGGCCAUCGCCAAGACCAUCCGCGAGGUCUGCAAGGUGGUCUCCGACGUGCUCAAGGAGGUGGAGGUGCAGGAGCCGCGCUUCAUCAGCUCCCUGAGCGAGAUCGACGCGCGCUACGAGGGCCUCGAGGUGGUCUCGCCCACCGAGUUCGAGGUGGUGCUCUACCUCAACCAGAUGGGCGUCUUCAACUUCGUCGACGACGGCUCGCUGCCCGGCUGCGCGGUGCUGAAGCUGAGCGACGGGAGGAAGCGGAGCAUGUCGCUCUGGGUGGAGUUCAUCACGGCCUCGGGCUACCUGUCCGCCAGGAAGAUCCGCUCGCGCUUCCAGACGCUCGUGGCGCAGGCGGUGGACAAGUGCAGCUACCGCGACGUGGUCAAGAUGAUCGCGGACACCAGCGAGGUGCGGCUGCGCAUCCGGGAGCGCUUCGUGGUGCAGAUCACGCCGGCCUUCAAGUGCACGGGCAUCUGGCCCCGCAGCGCGGCUCAGUGGCCGCUGCCCCACAUCCCGUGGCCGGGCCCCAACCGCGUGGCCGAAGUCAAAGCCGAAGGCUUCAACCUCCUCUCCAAGGAGUGCUACUCGCUCACCGGGAAGCAGAGCUCGGCCGAGAGCGACGCCUGGGUGCUGCAGUUCGGGGAAGCCGAGAACAGGCUCCUCUUGGGGGGCUGCCGCAACAAGUGCCUCUCGGUGCUCAAGACCCUCCGCGACCGGCACCUCGAGCUGCCCGGACAGCCGCUCCACAACUACCACAUGAAGACGCUGCUGCUCUACGAGUGCGAGAAGCACCCCCGAGAGACCGACUGGGACGAGGCCUGCCUGGGCGACCGGCUCAACGGCAUCCUGCUCCAGCUCAUCUCCUGCCUCCAGUGCCGGCGCUGCCCGCACUACUUCCUCCCCAACCUCGACCUCUUCCAAGGGAAGCCCCACUCCGCCCUCGAGAGCGCCGCCAAGCAGACCUGGAGGCUGGCCAGGGAGAUCCUCACCAACCCCAAGAGCCUCGACAAGCUAUAGGCCCCAAGAGGGAGAGGAAGAAGCGCCCUCCAACUGCAUCUAU